AUGUCUCUCAAAAAGUGGAAAAAGAUCGAGCUUCUCGACUUGGCAGACAAACUGGAUCUGCACGUCUCGCAAUCGUCGACCAAGGCUAAAAUUGCCGACGCCAUUGACGAGCAUUUGAAGGAUUUGGAUGAAGCUUUGGAUCUCACGGAGUUUCCAGAGCUGGCCACUUACUAUCAGGAGUCCGCUGCCAGCAGUGAAGACGAGUCGUCGAGUGAUCCGAAUGAAGAGACGGACGAUUUGAAAAACCGUUUGAAAAGCAAGGUCCAAGAUGCCGCAGAGGCCGUGGCCGGAGCCGUCAGUAACGCGGUCACAAAUGUCAUUUCUGGCUCUGACAAAGAUCAACAAGGAGAAGAAGACGAUGAAGGGGAAGAAUCGGGCUUGCGCUUGCCUCAAGGUACCCCAUUCCAAAAUUGGUAUUCAAAGCUUCAAUUUCAACGCAUUAGCCCGGCAGAGGGAUCAUUUGCAUUCAAAUUCAACGAAUUUAUGCAAGACGUCCAGAACAAGACGGUCGAGACUAACGAAAACGUUCAAGAGGCGCUUUCUACUAUCCCAGCAGUCGAUUUUGUGUUUAUGGCUAUCGAAGCCUACGUUUACCUUGUCAACAAACACUUGGAGUUUUCUACCCAAAGACCCUUCGUGACUCUUACGUCCAGAUGGCAAGAAAUCGGUGCUUUGGCCUCAUUCUGGAGUGUGUGGUCGUUAGCCAUACCUGCGUUUGUGUCUUACUACAUCAAUUUCAUACGUUAUGAUCUGCCGGAUGUGUCCGUGGACCCUAUGGUUUUCCAUAUUACAAAAGCCUUGUUGGCGCUCCUGUUGACGCAGUGGCAACCGUCUUUUGUUGAUGAAGCCACCUAUGCGGUGAAGGACGUUGCAGGAGAUGUCACAGUAUAUGAAAAAGCGUCCCAUUGGUUUCGCUUUGCCCUCACUGAGUGGAAGUUAGAACUAGGGCUAUUACCAUUUAUCUUGGCGUGUGCGGGAUCCGCAUUGUGUUUGUACGUUUUGUGA